CAAAAGUCAUAUGUAAAGUAGUCAAGUAAGUUCCAUUAAUGUUAACGUUACAACAUGAUUACCAUGCGGUUUAAGGGAAUAAUUGACCAAGAAACUUUCUAUAAUGUAAAACCAUAUGACUAUUUUGUUUUGUUUUGAAAAUUUGAAAUGAAAGGGUAUGUAACUCUCAUUCCAUCCUCCUAAUAAUGAAGUCAAGAAUCCAAAUAGUCAAAUCAUAAUUUUCCUUUUUCUGUUGUCAACAAAAAUGUAUUUUUCAGUAAAAACAAAAAAACAAUAAAUGGAGGCAUUCAAAAUCUUAUAAUAUAAUCUGAAGAAAUAAUAAUUAGCAUUCCAAACAAACUCAUCGUCAUCUCUUCUCCCUUACUUUACAAACUCAUCGUCACUAAUAUAUAUAGUUAAGUUUCAGGUUAGAAGUUGGGCGAAAUCAAAUCUCUUCUCCCGUCUCUUAGUCUUUUUCUUCUUCAUCGAAGAUUAAAAUGGGAGAUACUAUGGGUCACAAGCAUCAGUUGCAGAAGUCGGUUCCUGUCAAGAACCACAAUCACCUCGGCAGCGGUGGAUUACGUCGACCUGGUGCACCUCCUCUCAGAGAUUUGAGCUAUAAUACAAGGCAAAUGCAGCAAAACAGUUGGCAAAUGAGUAAAGGAGAGGACCAAAUGCCAUUUUUCUCGGGUCGUGCAUCUUCUGGCACUGGAGUAUUUUUACCCGCCAUGGCUUGGCAUCCGCCAACCAAAAAAACAGAAAUUCGUGAAGAUGAUUCGAAGACGAAGGAGAAGAAGAGCGAAACGGUGGAAACUCCCUUUGAUUCGCUGGAGAAACUUCUCCCGGAGGAAUGGACUUAUUAAUGACCUGACCUUGGUGCCGUUGACCAAUUUUACUCAUUAAUGCGAAGAAGUAGAGUCAAAUAAAAAGAAAAGGAAAGAUUCUCAUGUCGUUUAUGUUUCGUUACCAUUGGGUUUAUAGUAGUAAUAAAGAAUAAUAACAACAGUAAAAGUUGCAUAUCUUCAACAGAGAGGGUGUCCACCUCAGCUAGAAAAAUCAACCAAUCAUAAGCUUUUUUUUA